CGUGGGGCCGCCUGUAGCACCUGCUCCUGGCCUGGGUGUGUGGCUGGCGCUCCUGUGCCCAGUGCUCACCGCUUCCUGGAGUGGCCCAGCACCCUGGGGGCCCACCCUGGGGUCAACUGGCAGCAGCCAGUGUCGUGGCCGUGGUCUGGGUGCCGUGGCUAAUGUCCCUAGUCUGAUCCCGUCCGCCUGCUCUUCUCUGUCCCUGAAACGCCUCCGGCCGCCCACAGCUGGGAGCCUUCGUGCUUGUAUCUGCGUGGUGUCCCAGCCCUGCGCUGGGGCCGCGUCUCCGCUCGUGCAGUAAACGUCUGUGUGUGACCUGCGUGUGUUCCAGCCCCGUGCUGGCGGUGGGGUCCUGGGAGCUGUAGGCACCGUGAGCAGGUAUUCACCAAGCAGCUCUGUGUCAACAAGAGGGACCCCUUCCCUGGCCCAGGCACCCAGGACCCCCAGAGGCCCCCUCUGAGCCGUCAUCUGUCCUGGCCUUGCCCACUCAGCCUUCCUGCAGGGCAGUCGCUCCCAACAAGGGACGAUUCCUGCCAGUGUGGCCCUUCGGUCGCCGCCUGUGGGAGCAGGCAAGCCGCCCGCUCAGCGGGGGCCGGGGCACCAGUCCCUUUGAGAGUGGGAGGCCCAAUGGCCCCUUGCGCACCAGGUUGGGGCCGGCAGAUAUAUCUGCAAGCCGAGUUUCAGAAGGAGCUGCUAGGCCACCAGCGACAGACCCCGCCCCACAUCCCCCGGGGGUCAGCUCCCCCACAUCUCCCCGGGGUCAGCUCCCCCACAUCCCCCGGGGGUCAGCUCGGCGAAGCAGCAGGGACUCGAGCCCGUGUCGCUGGUGGAGGCUUCACCCGCUACGCCACAGCGCAGGGCUCCGAUCGUUUCUUAAAAAGCAAAACCCGAACAAGCGGAUCCAAGCCGGCAGAGUGCCGUCGUGCGGGGUAGGGGUCCCGCGUCCGGCUUCCCUCCUGCGAAACCAGGGCCCACGCGUGUGGUCGGGAGCCCCCGGCCCUGGGCGGGCACGAUCGCCCCGCCCCUGCAGGACAGCACUCCUUCCCCGCAGCUUUGCGGGUCGCACGCGCGGGGAGGGGCGGGCACUGGAGCCCUGCUCCUGUCGCCACGGCGGCAUUGUCACCCGCAGGCACGCACACAUCUGAGACCCCUGGCCAGCCCGGGAGCCCCGGCUGCGUGCUCCCGCACAUGCGGACUCCGCCCACUGAGGGCCCCGCUGCUGGCGUCCCAGGACCAGGCGCAGGGAGGGGGCCUGACCAGGGCCUAGCCUCUGUUCCCAGCGGGGCCGCCCAGGCAGGAGCGUGCACCUGCACCCGCUCCCCCGUGCGCCGACACAAACCCGGCAGGGCCCCAGGCGGCCCAGGAGUCCAGCGCAGGGCCGGGCUCUCCGCGUGCGCCUCUGCGGCGCCUUUCCUCCAGCUGCGAGCGGCCAGCGCCACCCUCCCUGACCGGCCCGGGUCUCGGGUCUCUUCCUCCCGGACGCCCCCUCCGCGGGGCGGGGGCACGGACGUCCCCUGGGUCCCGCCUACUCGGAAGAACGGGCUGGGGAAGUCCGGCAAGGAAGCAGGCACAGCCCUCCCGCAGUGUCCCGGCGAACUGCGGGCUGACCGAGGGGCUCUGCGGUCCAACGCACGACCACCACGGGCGCGGACCCGCAGACCUCUGCAGAGCCGCGCGCGCGGCGCUCGGUGCGGGUUGGACGGGCACCUUCCCCUGACAGCGGCUGAUCCGGCCACCCGGCAUCUCUCCACAUUAACGGACCGCGGAGAGCGCAGCGCGGGGUCGCCCCGCGGCCGGCAGGCACCGAGCAUCCGCGGCAGGUGCGCGUGCGCGGCCAGCGAGGCGCGCGGUCUUCCGAGCCCAGAGCGUCCCGGAAGCGCGCGCCGGGGCGGGGCAGCUGCACUUCCGGCCGGCGCGGUGGCCGCCUCCCACUCCGAAGGCUCCCCCCACCGCAGCCCUGAGGGGCCCUCCCAGCCGGCCGACCUGGACCCCUGCGGUGCAGAGCCAGUCAGAAUCGGCAGCGACACCUGGCCAGCCCCGGAGCCCGAGCAGGCCCCGCCCUCUCCGCGCGCCCACACUGCCCAGGACGCGGCUGGCCGGGGGGGAGGGGCGCUGCGGAGCCUCCUGCAGAGCCUCCCCCGCGGCCCCAGGUGCGCGGGCGCGUGGCGCAGGCCGCUGGGGCCGCGCGCGGAGGGCGGGGCGAAGCCGCACCGCUGCGAGGCCUGCGGCAAGAGCUUCCGGUACAGGUCGCUGCUGCAGAAGCACGAGCGCAUCCACACGGGCGAGAAGCCGUACGCCUGCCCCGAGUGCGGCAAGGCGUUCCGCGGCUGGUCCGGCUUCAUCCAGCACCGCCGCGUGCACACCGGCGAGAAGCCGUACGAGUGCGGCCAGUGCGGCCGCGCCUUCAGCCACAGCUCGCACUUCACGCAGCACCUGCGCACGCACAACGGCGAGAAGCCCUACAAGUGCGGCGACUGCGGCCAGGCCUUCAGCCAGAGCUCCAACCUGGUGCGCCACCAGCGGCUGCACACGGGCGAGAAGCCGUACGCCUGCCCCGAGUGCGGCAAGGCCUUCAUCUGGAGCUCGGUGCUCAUCGAGCACCAGCGCGUGCACACCGGCGAGAAGCCGUACGAGUGCGCGCAGUGCGGCAAGGCCUUCCGCGGCCGCUCGCACUUCUUCCGCCACCUGCGGGCCCACACCGGCGAGAAGCCGUUCGCCUGCGGCGCCUGCGGGAAGGCCUUCGGCCAGAGCUCACAGCUCAUCCAGCACCAGCGCGUCCACUCCCGCGAGUAGGCGGCGCCCCGAGCCCCAGUAAGUCCUCCUGAGGGGAGCCGGCUGUGCCCGCGCAAGGCCGGAGGGCUCCCGCGGGUCCCCCGCAGCCUGCCGCCCCGGCCCCAGGACGGGCGGGCGGCCAGGGGCCCGCACAGGCGCCGCGUGCCGCCUGCCCUCCGCCCUGGUCAUGGGGCUCCUUUUCAGACAGCCGGUUCCUCCGGUCGGGUCGCGCCCCACCCCUUGCCCGCACACCUGGUGGGCUUCGGAAGAAGGGGUGCCCGGGUGGCUCCCAGCCCCUGCGCCAGACAGGAGCUCAGCUGGCUGCGAGUAACAGCGCCCUGUCCUGCUCCGGGGACCCCACCCCUCCAGAGGCUCCCCAGUGACACCCACAGCCCUGCGCCUGGCCCCAGGGCAGCCAGGUUACUGGUCCGGCUGGACGUGCAGGCCACCACCCUGCCUGUGUCUGGGUGCCCCGCCAUGUCCAGUGUCGCCUGUGCCUAGGGCGCACAUGACCCCAGGGAUGUCCCCUGACUCGCACAUGGGUGGUGACAGAAGCUGGGAUCUCUGGCCUCACAGCCCCAGCCCUGACCUGCAGCCCUGAGACCCCAGCAGGCCUUGCUCCGGUGGGGACUGGAGGCCAGGCUGCGCGCUGGACAUAGCCGCGGGGCUAGGGCUGUGGCUGUGGGGUCAGGCUCUGCCUGAGGACGAGGUCAGAUGGCUGCCUGCCCUGCCUUAGUAACCACCACGCGGUGCAGCCACACAGACACCAUGCCUCUGUGGGAACUGUCCCCCCCCCGCCUCGAGCCCCACCCCAGCUGUGGGUGGCCCCAACGUCCUAGACCAACCUUGAAGAGGCCCCUGGACGCCUUGGGGGCGGGGCCUGGCAGCUGGCCUGGUUCAAGGUUGGGGCAAAAUGGCCUAAUGCGGGGGCCUUCAGACCCUCAGCCCGGGUGCUUCACAGGGCACUCGCUCUGUGGCUCCUUCCUGACCUGUGUCUGGUUUGUGCUGCCUGCCGGUCACGCUGGCCAUGGGCCAUGACCCUGUGCCCCCCACCCAGGAGCGCCAGGGGCAACCUGGCCCGGAACAGCCAUGGCUGUCGGAUGCGUGGAAGCCAGGCUCAGAGACUGAGGUUUAUUUUUACUUGCAAAGCAGAGAGGGAGAGAGAUCCUGUGAUCCCUGUAACAUCUGGGGGUGGGAACUCCACCCAGGACCCCCCAGGCAUGCAGGGGCCCAGGCACUGGGGCCGUCUGCUGCUGGCCCCCAGGUGCAUCCCAGGAGCCCAUAUGGGAUGCCGGCCCCUGAACCAGCAGUGUGGUCAGGAUGUGGGCUCAGCCGGCCGUGCCCACGCCUGCCCGCAGAGAUCCUCACAGGUCCUGACCAGGAGGGCGCCUCCCUCUGCACCACGCCAGGCAGGGGUAUCCUGGGGUAGGGGCGGAGCCAGGUGGACGUGGCCACGGUUCUGCUGUGCAGGGCCCCCCGAGCCCUGCAGGGUACACAGAGUGCCCGAGGCCACCCACGGGCAGCGGGAGUGCCCCUCAUGCUUGGCUCUUACCAGUGUUAAACUGUAUCUUCCGGUCCUGCGCCCACGUGGGAAACCUGGAAAAGGCUCCUGGCUCGGGCCACUGCGGCCAUUCGGGUAUUGAAGACCUUUCUCUCUGCCUCUCCCUCUCUGUAGCUCUACCUCACAAAUAAAAAACAAACAAGAAACUA